CUUGAAGACUUUGCGUCGAAAGAGCGGUCAGUUCUCUCUCUCUCUCUGCACAAAAACGAAACUUCUUCGGUUUCUUAGCUUUCUUUGUCCACUCGAGAAUUCCCCCCUCGCAGAAACGCGAACAAUGCAGAGCUAGAACCCCUUCCCCUUCACAAAAACUCAAAGAUAAUAAUCAUAUGGCCUCGUUCUAUAAAUUUCGCUGCCAGUUGAUUUCAAUGUUCAUGAAUUGAUGAUAUGUUCUUGGAGCUUGUGAAGCAGUGAAAAUUAGAGGUUUUCAAUCACAGAGUUCUUUAUCGUUUACGAUGGUUGGUCUAAGUGAUGAUGAAAGCAAUCCUAUGGAGCAAACGUAUUAUCCCGAGGAUUCCUCCGAUGUGGAAUAUGCAUGUGGAGACCCGCAAGUUGAUCCUCGGGUUGGAGAUGAAUACCAGGUCGAGAUUCCUCCAUUGAUGUCUGAAUCUGAGCGUGCAUCUCUUUUGUUGAACCCCGUUGCUUCAGAUAUCGUCUCUGAUUCUUCUUCGUAUUCCUUUUGCGUGGGAAAACCUGUCCAAGUGAUAUGGAUUGAUAGCGGAACUGGGAAACACGGAUAUGAACAGGGACUUGAAGAUAGUAAUGUUGACAUGAAUGAAUCUCUCAGAUCUUUAAAAGCAAAAGGUACGCGUUCUUGUCUGAAGAUCAGAGGCCAGGCCGAUGGGAGUUCGGAAUCUACGACAGAGAAAAAGAAAACGUCGAAUCUUGAAGCUGUUCCUGGGAAAUCGGCUGAGUCUUGGGAAGUCUCUGAAGUGGAGAGCUUCGUUCUUGGGCUGUAUACAUUCGGGAAGAAUUUUACUCAGGUGAAGAAGUUCAUGGAGAAUAAAGAAAUCGGAGAGAUACUGUUAUUUUACUAUGGGAAGUUCUACAGAUCCGCAAAAUACCGGAGUUGGUCUGAUUCUCGUAAGAAACGAAACCGGAAGUGCGUAUGUGGAAUGAAGCUUUAUUCAGGUUGGAGGCAGCAACAGUUGUUAUCCCGUUUGAUUCCCAACCUUCCCGAUGAAUCUCAGAAAGAUAAGCUCGUGAAUGUCUCGAAGUCAUUUGCCGAAGGGCAUACUUCACUAGAGAACUACAUCAUCUCGCUGAAAGAAAUUGUGGGCCUUGGGGCUCUUGUAGAUGCAAUGGCGAUCGGUAAAGUGAAAGAAGAUCUGACAAUUGUCGCGACAGAACCCGUCAGGACCAAACAGUGGUUCACGGUUUCUUCGAACUCAUCUGCAUCUGCCUGUGCAGGAGCUUAUGCUUCACUCACAUCUGGUGACAUAGUUAAGGAAUUGACAGGUGGUUCCCGUCUGAGCAAAGCUCGUUGUAACGAUAUCUUCUGGGAAGCUGUCUGGCCACGGUUACUGGCAAGAGGCUGGCACUCGGAACAGCCAAAGGACCGUGGCUAUGUCACGUCUAAAGAUUACCUCGUCUUCCUUGUUCCUGGCGUGAAGAAGUUUUCGAGACGGAAACUUGUUAGAGGAGAACAUUACUUUGAUUCUGUCAGUGACAUUCUGAAAAAGGUUGCUUCCGAUCCCGAGCUUCUCGAGUUUGAAGCCGGUGGAGAGGUCAGACCCGGAAACGAGCUUGUUGCAGAGGACUCUUCUGACCCGUCGGAUCAAGAACUUUCCCUGCGUGAUAGCCAGCGUCACCGUUACCUCAAGUCACCAGGUUCUAACCGUCGGGAUUUGCGUAUGAAGUUCACUGUUGUGGACACUAGUUUGGAUGGAGGGGGGAAAUUGUGUGAAUUACGUGAGCUGAGGAAUCUGGACAUGGAAUCUCCGGUUCCCGGAUCUGCACUGAGUCGAGGAGAGAUCGGUGUUUCUGUUUCGGGAAACGUCCCAGACAAGUCAGAACCGGAAAAAGCCUGCGAAAUGAUUCCGGUGGUGGAUGGAAAGAAGCAUGUCAAGGGAGUUGAUGGACGGAAAACGGAAAGAAGACGUGCAAACAAUCUGGUCGAUGACCCGAUGAAAUUCACGAUUGUGGAUACGAGUCUGGACCACGGGGGAAAAUCAUCCGGGUUACGUAAAUGGACACGUUUACCGGGUGAAGAAGAUUUAAGCAACACGAGUAAAGGCAUCUCCAGAGAGGUCUCUUCUGGUGAUUCGAUGGAUGGAUCUGCAAAGACCCGAGAUGGGUUUGAGGUGAAAACAAACAAAAAUCCGUUUGAGAAUCUGAAUUCUCGCGAGAAUCUGAUGGAUCGGGAUCGAUCAAAGAGGGUUAUCAAGCAUAAGUUCAUCCGGAGAGCAGAAUCUAACGAUCAUACAGUUAAUUCUGUCCCCUUAUUGAAACGCAGGCGGCUCAGUGCUUGCGUUAGGAGGGAAAUAAGCCGUUCAGGCGAAAAUGCGUCAAUCAAACCGUCUGAAUCCGACCAGAUAAGACUCUGCUGUCCUGAUAUCCCCAGUGAGGUUCGUUGCCAAGAUAGUUCUCGUGAAGAGAUGAAUCAUAAGAACGAAGAGAAAUCUGAAACCGUGUUCUCAAUGAAUAUUGACUCGAAGCCUGAUGAAACGGAAGAGCCUGUAAGUGGGCAGUAUCCAUUCUUGAAGAUUCAAGAUGAUGGAGAUAUUAGACCAAAUGGGUUCUCUUGGAUGUUGGAUUCAGACAAGAACUGCUUUUCCAAGGAACAAGGAACUCUGCAUGAACCCGUACCGUCAGAACAACAAGAACAAACAAAUCGGUUCUGUUCUGUGUCGGAUUUGGACAAGAAAUGCUCUUCCAAGGAUCUGGGAACUAGCCAAGAACAAGGUCAACUAAUUCAGCCCUUGUCAAUGCCAAAGUUAGAGAAUAAUUGUUCUUCCAAGGAACUGGGAACCUCCCAUGAACCACACAGUUCAUCUGAGCAAAAACAAGAACAGGAACAAGAACAAGAACAUCAGAUUAACACAGAUGUUCCUAGAAGACAAAGCACAAGAAAGCGGCCAUUGACGACUCGAGCUCUAGAAGCACUUGAAUCAGGCUUUUUCACAACAAAGAAGAUGAGGAGCAUGACAAAACCGAGGAAACGAGAAAAUUCCCCGAAGAAGAAGCAACCAGCUAAAGCUCGUGACAGAGCUUCUGUCUCGGACAGCAGGAUCCCAGACUCGGAGCACAGAGCUGAUAGAAACGUUCUUUCGAAGAAAGCAACGACGACGACGAGUAAGCUUCUGGAUCAAAUAGAGGAUGCACAGCCAAGUUUUCUUUUGAAGAAAGGGACGACGGUGAAUAAGCCUCUGAAUCAAAUAGAGGAUUCCAGGCCAGUGAUCCCCGAGGUCCCUAGACUUCCGCCUAUCGUGUGGAAGCUCCCUCCGAAGCGAGAUUCAGAAGCUACCCGAAACUGAAAUUCGGAACGUUUGAUUCCGAAAACUUGGCCUUGCAGAAGAAGAAAUUGUGUACCUUUUAUCCCUGUUUUUGAUGGUUUGUUUUUUGAUAGAAGGUAAUAAUUCUCCAUAACCGUGACCUCUUCUGUAUUUCAUAUUCUCUGGAAAUGAUUUUCAUUAAAUUUUCUCCAUUUUUGAACUA